AUGUCUGUCGAGCUCGACCCCGUAGAGCUUGGUUUCAAGCGACCCUUCCAGCACGAGGUGUCGCAGACCCUCCGCUUGAAGAACCCGCACUCUGACCCCAUUGCUUUCAAGGUGAAAACGACGGCUCCCAAGCAAUACUGUGUGAGGCCGAACAGCGGACGUAUCGAGCCUGGGAAAGAUGUCGAAGUUCAGAUUCUCCUCCAAGCCAUGAAGGAAGACCCACCGCCAGAUGCGAAGUGCCGCGACAAGUUUCUCGUGCAAUCUGUCCUCGUCACCGCUGACAAGGAGUUCACCAACGUCGGGUCUUUGUGGUCGCACAUCGAGCAGACCGCCAAGUCUUCUAUCCAAGAGAAGAAGAUCAGAGUCCUCUUCCUCGCACCCGACGAUGCCUCCAGCGCAACUCCUGCGAGAACCAACGGCGUUAGCCGCGAUUCGAUGCUUUCCUCUCCGUCACCCGAAGCUGUGACUCCUCAGCGCGGCGUAUCGGACGCUUCUGGACCUGUCUCCGUUCCCUCGGAGCGCCCAUCAGGAAGCAAAGACUUGGGCGAGAUCAGGAACGAGACCUACAACCCCGCAUCGAGUGGUAACAUGGGGUCGAGCUUCAGCUCCGCUGCUGGAACUAUCGCUAGCGCCAUGCCAUCUUCAAGCGACGUGGAGGCCCAGCUUGCCGAAGCCAAGGCCCAGAUUGCGCGAUUGACACAGCAGGUUAGCGAAGCCACUGGUCUCCGCCAGCGAAAGACAGGAUCCGCCCAGGACUCGAAGCAAGGAGUUUCGACCUCCAUGGACACACGGCAAGCCCCCGCUGGCGGCGUGUCUGUUCAGAUCACCGCCCUUCUAUGCCUUAUCAGCUUCCUGAUUGCUUACUUCCUCUUCUGA